GCUCGCAUUCGUGUUCGUUAGGGGCCAAGCAGACUUUCGUUUGGGGCUUUCUGCUUUGCCACUCAGUGUCGAUUUGUGAUUCAACUCGUGUGGGCGUGCGUGCGUGCACCGAGUGUCCGACUGUGUGUGUGCGUGUGCGAGGACGACCGGGCGUGUGUGUGUGCGUUGUCGCGCGUCUGCGUCGCGAAAUCCUAAAAUCGGGAAUCGGAACAGGAAUCGUAAUAUAUUUCGGGUUUCCGGUCCAGCCGCUGCUGCGUCUUCUGCAUUCGCUGCUCGAAAAGUAACGGUAGAACGCAAAGCAGUUGCCAAUCGACAGCAACAGUUGACGGCAAGAAGAGCAGCGCGAAAGGGAAAACCAAAACAAACAAGAAAAUUGUUAAAUAGCGGAGUAAACAAUAACAAGCGAAUACUCGAAUUUGUGAAAGUGCUAGCAGCAAAAUGAAAAGAGUGAAGUGAACCCAUGUGAAAAACUAAAACUAUUUAAAGGGAAAAACCAUAAGCAAACAAAACCACAAUACCAAAAAUACUUCAAAACCAAAAAUACGAAACCAAAAUCAAAACAACGUCAGUCAAUCAAAUCCAUCAAUCAUGCUGAAGAUACACAUGCUGGAGCAGGUCGUCAACACGGAAAAUGUCUGCGAGAAUGCCCAGGAGCUAUCACCAAAGCGCAAAUUGGCGGGUCAGGGGCAAGUGGGUGGUGGCAGCUCCUCCUCCAACGGGGGCACGCCCACCGUCUCGGCCACCUCGUCGCCCCACCACCAGCCCACGCCCCCCCAGCGCCACAUUCACACGGGCGGUGGCAAAAGCGCCAGCCAGGGAUCAUCUCCAGCUGGACGUCAGCAUGCCUUUAUGGCCAACACACAGAAGCAGCAGCCGGCGGGCGGAGGAAGUGGCUCUGGCAGCGUCACCCAUAGUCCGGAACGCCUGCGCGGAGCCACCACAGCCACCCAGGAUCUCUUCGAGCUGCUCGAGCGUGUGCAGUGCUCGCGACUCGAUGACCAGCGCUGCGUCCUGCCCGCUUACUUCUCUCAGAACCACCAUCGCGGCAGUAAUACGAGUGAGGAGCGCGUGCCCCAGCCACACUCGCCCCACGACAGCCACGCCCAUCCGCACAACGGUGGGCUGCAGCACUCGGGAUCGCGGGCAACACUGCGCCACUCGAUGAACCACUCGAGCAGCUCCACAGUCUCGGGCUCCGCCUGCAGCUCCACGCCCGCCUCCCCGCAACUGAGCGGGGUGGUCAGCGCCUCCGGAUGCCAGCUGCUGUCCAACGGACACCACUACCAAUCUCAGUCGUCGGUGAGCUCCAACUCGUCGAUCGUUUCGGCCAUUCCCGCCUCGCAGAGAUUGCUGGAGGAGGCGCUGGCCAAACCGGCCCCGUACUCCAUGAUCCUGCUGCCCCAGCACGGUGGUUACUGGAUGGAUGGCACCGAGCACGAGUGCGGCUACGAUGCGAGGGGAAAUCCUCUGCUCCCACAAACCACCUGGAUGGCAAAGUUCGAGACGGACGAUACGGCCAAGUGCUACAGGAGAUUCUAUGCCGCCAGGGAGCACUCGAAUUUGAUCGGACUGGAUGAGCAGUUGGGACCGAUAUUGCUUUCUAUUAAAACGGAGAAUGUAGCCAACCAGGAGCACAUGCGCAUCCUGAUGAGGUUGAGAACUGGCACGAUGCACGAGCUUCUACCAGUUUCGUGCCUAUUGCCACAGCCCAGCCCGGCGAAAAUGGCGCAUACACUGAACGAAAACAUCACGGUCGAGCAUUUCAUGCCGAUUUUGUGCCCCAAGGCCUCGCAACUCAUCAGUGUAUAUGACGAGCAUGUUCUCGUUUCGCACUUCAAGUUUGGAGUGCUCUACCAAAGAUAUGGACAGACCACCGAGGAGGAACUCUUCGGCAACCAGCAGACAUCACCAGCUUUCGACGAGUUCUUGGAUGUCCUCGGUCAAAGGAUACGCCUGAAGGAUCACAAGGGGUACAGGGGUGGCCUAGACAUUCAGAAUGGUCACACGGGCGACACAGCUGUCUACGAGGUCUUCAAGGAGCGAGAGAUCAUGUUCCAUGUGUCCACCCUAUUGCCACACACCGAAGGCGAUCCACAGCAGCUCCAGAGGAAGCGACACAUUGGCAAUGACAUUGUGGCCAUCGUUUUCCAGGAGACCAACACUCCCUUCUCACCUGACAUGAUCGCCAGUCACUUUUUGCACGCCUUCAUCGUGGUCCAGCCCAUUGAGCCGAACACCCCACACACCCGGUACAAGGUCAGUGUUACCGCCAGGGAUGAUGUUCCCUUCUUCGGUCCCACUCUGCCGAAUCCAGCAGUUUUCCGCAAGGGUCAGGAGUUCAAGGAGUUCAUAUUGACCAAGCUGAUCAAUGCCGAGAACGCGUGCUACAAAGCUGAGAAGUUUGCAAAGUUGGAACAGCGCACCCGCACCUCUCUGCUGCAGAAUUUAUGCGAGGAACUGCGGGAGAAGACUCGCGACUUUCUGGGAACCGAUCUGUCCCAGACGUCGGCUGGAAGUCCCACACCCGAGACCCCGAAGGCAGAAAGUGGUAGUGGCGGCAAUGCCGGCUCCCGCUUUAUCGAUACGGUGAGGAAGGCUUUAAUCAUGAGGGUGCGCUCGCAGAGCGUGGACACCGGAAAUGGUCAUGGACCUGGACAAACGGACAAGUUCAGCGUGAGCACCAAGCUGGGCACAUUGAAUUCCAAGAAGGAGGCCCAUCCCGAAAUGCAGACACCCAAUCUGAAUACCUGCAGUCGCACGGCCUCCAAGUCCUCCUCCAAGUCCAAGUCCUCGAACGAGUCCACUUCCUCCUCCCCGGACAUUACCUCUCGCCAGGCGAACAACAACAAUACCAAUUCCAACGGUGGACUCCUGCCCCAAAAUGGAUCCAGCGGCGGCGUGGUAGCAGCGGCUGUGAGUGCCGCCCAGAACGGAGUGGUCGCAGUGGCAACCAUGUCGGAAACGAGCGAUGAUUCCAGCCUGAAUAGCGUGGAUCUCGAUCCAAUGAUGGUGCACUUAGACGGCGGAGCCACCUACAUUGACAGUGAUACUGGGCUAGAAAGCAUGAGUUCGGCAGAGGCCACCACCAAGGCGUGCUCCCUGUGCCUGGAUGGAGUCCAGUCCACCAUAAUGGGCAGUUCCCCCAGCAACGAGACGAUCGUGAAGAUCGAGAACUUGCGCCAGGAGGUCACACGAUUGAAGUGCGACAAGCUGGAUCUACUCAGACAGAAUGUGACCUGUCAGCGCGACAUCAAGCGGCUGCGGGAGCGGGAACUUUCCCUUCAAGGCGACCUAUCGGCGGCAGGCAGGGAGAUCCUGCGCCUGCGGGAUCUCCUCAAGGAAUACAUGCCCGAUACAGCUUCAGCACCACUCUCCAUAUCGCCCAUCUAAGCGUGAAACGCAACCCUUUGAUAACCGAAUGGAAGAGGCAGGAGGGCAGGAAGGCAGGAAAAGGAGUAACCACUGUGCCGUGUAUAACACUUUGGAACAAGGGAUCGCAGAGUUUUGGAGAGUUGGACAGUUGGCGUAGCCCUCAAAACCCCACAAACCCCAAACAACAAAAACAAAUACAAAAACAAAAACUGUAUUAUAUUUAGUGAACGUAGCUGUAGAUGUAGAUCCCCGCAGAUCUGACAUGCAGCAGCAGGCAUGCCCAUGGACAAGUUAUUACAUAAACGACAUACAAACAGUUACAAACUAAACUAAACAAAGCGAUAAAGCAGCAAAUGAAAACAGAACACAAAACUCAAAAAGUACACCAAAUAUAUAAUAUAAGUCUUUAAGCAUAUUUAACGCAAGAAUAACACCCCUAACCUAACGUAAAUCAUAAACCCUAAACCAAUUCCAGAACCCAUCCCAACUUUAACCUAAGUAGAAAGCGAUCAAUCACAAAGCAUCACACAGAGAUCGAUAUCGAUAUAUUAUGAUAAUAAUCACAAAUGAAACAAAAACCAAUGUAGCAAAGUUAUGAGGUUUACAAAACCGAUACUCGUUCGUUAAUCGCACCCGUAAACUGUUACUGUUGCCGUGACUGCUACUGUGACUCUCGCUUCACAUUUCACAUCCCCACAAUGGAAGAAACCUAAAUUAUGAUCGAUCGAUAUAUGAUUUUACAUUUAAACACUUUACAAAAAUCACUCCGCGAAAUAAACAAGAAGGAGAGGGAACUCUUAACCUUAAGUUUAAGUUGCUUUAAAUACGUUUACCUAAACUGUAUGUUAAUUAAUUAUGACUUAAGUUUAACCAAACGCAGAAACCGCGCAUCAAUUAAUUGAUGACUCACGAAAAGAAUUUGCAUGCCGCAUUCAAUGUAUAUAUGUGUAGGAGCGAUGUAUAAUUCUCGAUCCACAUACGGAUACGGAUCUGUCGAAAUUAUGAAAAUUAUGAUCAUUUUAUUUUCUAAUCGAUUACUGAUAUACCAAUAACCGACAAAUGAAAGCCACGCAAAUUGAAACCAAGCAAGUAGUAUUUGGGAAAUGAAUUCCAAAAGCAAAAGUUACACGCAAGCAUGAACUUUGUCUUUGAAAUCUAUCCGAUAAGUACCGCGAAUAAUUGUUUUUGUUGAGAUGCAUUAUCAUUUUUAUUGUGUAAAGUAUAAAAAACCAACAAAUAUAUGCAAAAUAUAUGGAAUAUAUAAAAA